AUGGAGUUUAUCAUUGGAACGGCCCUCGCUGGCAUCCCUAUCGUUCUCGAGGUUUACGAUCGUUACUGGGAUUUCUCAGAAGGCCUGAGCACCUUCAGGCACCAUUCGAGGGAGUUGACCAAAUUGGACACAAUUAUGAAGACACAGAAGACACUUUUCAGAACGAAUGUCAUCAAGUUGCUCACAGCAAUCACGAAUGAUCCGGAGAAGGCUCGGAGUUUGCUCUCUGACAGCCGAGAAAAACUGCAGAAGCUAAAACUUCCCAUCUCCUAUGACAGCACUCGCAUCGAAUCACUACAAGAGUUGUUCGGGAGUUGGAAAUCUACACUUGAGCUUGUCUCGACAACAGCAACAGCUAUAUGUCUUGAGGUGGAAAGCCUUGGAGCAAGUAAUACGGGAUCCUUUGGAAAGCGAUUCCGGCUUUGCUGGAAGAAAAAUGAAGUGCAAACUUCAAUACAAGAGCUUCGUGACUUCACGGCUGACUUCAAUGAAUUAACGACACGGAUUGUCAGCGAGCUCGAGCAGAUUCGAGGCAUUGCUCUCCCAACCCAGGGGAUUACGAUGCGGCAGAAAGCAAGCCAGUUGAAUGGACUUGAAAAAUACCGCCAGAUUCGAUCUGCAUCGUCCAGACUGUAUAAUGUCUUUGCUUUACGAUGGUCUUGUGCAAGACAUACGAAGCAUGCCGCAAGUAUCUCGCUCAUUGACGAAAGCAAAUCAAUUAAGUUGGAAAAGGCAGAAGAUGGUGUCAGGUUUGAUGUUGCCAUCGACUACGAGGCUGAUUCGCCAACGUGCAGAGAGAUGCCAAUUUGGUUGGAAAUUAAGGCAACCCAUGAAGGCUGUUUAGACACAUCAUUAUGCAAGACUGAACUCGUUGAUUAUGAGCCCGACAAUGCCUGGACCGAUGUUAUGGAAAAGAUAACGAAGCAUUCUCAGCCAAUGAUCAUCAAACAAGUCGAAAGGCCCCCAAAGAGAAGUAUUGGGAGAUUAUUUCCUCUCAAGCCCGACGACUUUGGUCCUGCGGCUGUAAAUAGCGGUUCCAGCACCAUCGUACAGGGGACAGCGGAUGAUGAUGAUGACCAGAAUGAAGACACUCCCCUGGCCUCCAUUUCAACUAAAACCAACCAUCCCACCACUUCUGAUUCAAUGAUUGACCUUGAUUUGAUUGAAAACUUUUGCUACCACUUCCAAGUUCUAGAACCCGUAAGUUCAAAUACCUGUGUCGGCUACAUCCAGGAGGUCGGUCUUCACCGUUUCUACCUCCCGCCUCUCGGCCGCCGGCCAUCGGAGCAGCAAAAGUCCUUGGCGGAUAUUAUCACAUGGAUUUCAGAAGACGAAUUAUCUCGCGAUCUGCCGAGAACAGCUGUUGCACAUAUCGCUAGCUCCCUCGCGGUUGCCGUUCUACAAUACCAUUCCACACCAUGGCUUCCUGAUAGCUGGCAUAGCAGUCAGGUCCGGUUCUUCGGAGUUGAAGAGCUUUCAGGGGACACUGAUGGAAUCUCAUCCAUGACGCCGUAUCUGAGGGUCGAGUUCUCGAAGUCGGACAAAGGGGAAGACCGGCCCAUGACAGCAAUGGCUACCAGUAUGGCUUUCACGACUACCAGCGCCAAUCACACCAGUUCCUUGAAAUCUGGCCAUGCUCUUGUACCUGCAUCCAUAGUCCUUGCCCGGAAUGAGCUUCUCUUCCGUUUUGGCGUCGUUCUCCUUGAGCUGGGAUACUGCCAGCCAUGGCCACAACUUCGACAACGCGUACUUAAAGCCCUGCCACCACAAAAAAAAACUGAUUAUCAUGCCGCUGAAAAGCUUGCCCAAACACCGUUUUUGCGCAAUCGUAUGGGGCCAAAAUUCAUGAAAAUUGUGCGCAAGUGCCUAGGGUGCGACUUUGGGCUAGGGGAAAGUGACCUAGCAAAUGAGCAGCUUCAGGGUAUGUUCCUUGUGGAGGUGGUAAAGGAGUUGCAAGGAAUAGAAAGAGGUUUAAAGGCACUGGAAAUGCAUUCGUCAAAGGGGUAA